AUGAACAAACGUGAAUUUGGACUCGAACAAUUCAGCCAAGAGCAAUUUCUCGCUGGCGGUGUAACACUUCUUUUGACUGGCUUAAUCGGCUUUAUUGGUAACAUUCUCGUACUUAUAGUCACAUACAGAAUCCUUCGGCACAAGCGAAACAUACCCAAUGUACUGAUACUAUUUUUAGCGUGGGUAGACUUACUGGUUUUUCCUCUUGCAUACCCCCAGGCGCUUGUAAAAUAUUUCUUCGGCAUCUACAUAGGAGACUACAUGGGCUGUGAUUUUCACGCUACAACCAUAACAUUUCUUUUCAUGUCAUCUAUUUUACUAGUUGUUUUAAUGAGCGCGGAUAGGUUUCUAGCUCUCUACAAACCAUUUUACUAUGACAAGCACAUGAUUUACGACAAGGAGAAAAUCAAGGUAGCUUCGAUUGGUUUCGGAUGUUCUCUGUUGACUAUAAGCUUACUUCCAGCUUUCGGAGUAAGCCGUAACGUAUUACAUUUUCCGGGGACAUUUUGUCUGUUUGAAUGGGGCGCCGUUUCCUUUGAAGGACAAACACUGGUAUACAUCUACAUGUCGUCGCUAGCUGCGGCGAUGCUCUUUAUAGUAUUUUGUAACUUAGCUACAGUUAUAAUGGCGAUGAAACUUUUUCAAAGAGGGCCAAGCAAUGCUGCUUCUCGGGUAGACGAGGAGUCAUCGAAUGUGACACAUAUACAACACAACCGCAGCUCAAGAAAGAUGGAGCUUCAGUUUGCUAAGUUAAGCGGAGCUGUUGCUAUAUCAUUCGUUGGUUGCUGGGGAUUGUUUCUGGUGAGUCAAGCUUUGAUAAUAUUGUUGUUUUAUAACUCUUCCGCAAUAACACGCCACUGAACCUCUGCGGAGGAGGGAGGUUUUUAUUACCUGCGUUGUUUCAAAUUAAAUUUAUGUAAAACAAUCAGAGUACAGUAUUUAUCAUUCAGUUUGGUCAACUUAGUGAGAAUUGCUUCGUUGUGCGACCCUCUUAUUUUGUAUUGCGUCCUAUUCUAAUACUUUCAAAUAGCGCCUUAACCUCAAGUUAGCUGACGCAUUUCCGCCCCAGUUUCCCGAUUUGUGUUUCUCGACGUGUAACUAAAGCUGGGCGACGAAGUUGGCUGGUAAUCAAGCCAAAAAAUUGAAGGGCCAAAAUAGGUCAUUAUUUUCGUAUUAGCUUUUAUUUGGCCUCUUUUUUCAGAGCGAGACUGGAUGCUUUCAUAUGAAAAUAACUCUUCAUUCACACCAUGAGGUCAUAAUUACCGAGAGCCAAUACUCUCACUUUCAAAACGAGGCAAAGUGCAAACCCUUCUUAUCAAAAUGAGUUUACAUUAGUACAGGGAAUCGUUUUUAUAUCAGUGACCUCCCUCUUAGCCUCGCUUCUCAAACAGAGACUUAAAGUAAAUGGCCUCGCUGUCGUGUGGAUUGUUGUGCUCCAGGCCUAAAGAGACUUUGAGCAACUUGCUUCCGGCUUGACAGACACGUCACUGAUCAAACCAAUUUCUAUCUUUUAGCUAAGAGUGACGCUUAUUCAAAUUGGCUACCCGUUCGAUGAAUUCUUCGACUUUACCGCAGUUCGCCUGGCGUCACUUCACACAGUUUUCAACCCAUGGCUCUAUCCAUUGACUCGAAGAAAAUACCGCGAUGCAUUUUGCUACCUGAUCACGUUGUUUGCGUAUUAUGCCACGUGUACACUUGUGAGUAGGCCCAGCGCGACUUUAGGUAUGUACCAUGCAAAGUCAGUGGUCAAUAUAUUAUAUUGUUAUUUUUAUAGGUAAUAGCAUGAUUUGUAGUGAUAUUCGGCAUAAAAUUUCGAAAUUGUUAUACGUAAUUUCACAAGCCGUUAGGCAAGUGAAAUUUGAGACAAUUUUGAAAUAUCACGAGUGGUAUUUUUGCCAAAUAUCACGUACAAAUCAUGCUAUUAUUUGUUUAUACUACUACCCGCUGUAAUUUUCACAUGUAGGUAUUUCAAAUUAAGCUGAAAUACCACUGCUCUAAGCCAAUCAAAUUGCAGUAAUUUUUCAUGGAAUAGUAUAAAGCUGGAAAUUUCUUCCCAACAGCGCUCUCUCUCAUUGGUUACUUCGAGGUCACAUGACAUCCAACAAUGAAACUGUUUCCCGCCAAAUCUCUGAGCGUGCAACACAAACCUGUGACGUCAGAGGGUAACAGUGCACCGUGUUACGUGCCGCCGUUACUGCGAGGUUUAUGACUAUUAAUGAAUUUCCAGCUGCCGGCUGGCCUAUAGUCUUUAGCCUUUGCUAAUGCAUCUCAUAAAACUACAUUUAAAAGAACUCUACCUCUUUUUUCCUGCAGAUGAAAUAGUUGGAGUGCAAUCCGAAGCCACCCAGGUUAGAGAACUUUGCCGGGAGGAGAGAAGACGCUCUAGUGCUCAGCGGCUUGCCAAAUAA